AUGGCGGCUUUGGGUAAAAGGGCAAAUCUCAAAGUAAACGUUACACGCAGAGAUUUAGUCGAUUUUUUUAACGGCCUGGCGACGUUGGUAGAUGCGGGUGUUGAUAUCGCGGAAAGUUUGAACGUACUGGUUAAUGAAACCGUUGAUGAGGGUUUCAAGCAGAUUCUGGAUGAUGUCCGUUUGAACAUCCAAAGUGGUGUGAAUUUUUUUGAUGCGAUGUCUGCCCACCCUGAAGUGUUUACAGCGGAGAUCUGCAAUCUUGUGCGGGCUGGUGAACACAGCGGUGAGCUGGUGGCGGCUUGUUACGACAUCAGUGAGCAUCUUGAAUGGCUGGAUCAGCUGAUGGGUGACGUGAAGCAGGCAACCAUGUACCCGGCGAUGAUUGCAACUGCGGUAAUGGGUCUGGUGUUUCUGAUGUUCAGCUUCGUAGUCCCUCAAUUCUCAGUCAUUUUCGACAGUUUGAAUAUUGAGCUACCGACCAUUACUAAGGUUGUGGUGACUAUUGGUGCUUUCUGUAACAGCCACUGGUGGGCGAUGCUGCUGGCGAUCGGCGGACUUUUUGCCGGUCUCAAGUUUGGACCGGUUUACUCGCCGAAGAUGGCAUACACCAUGGAUAAGGUGAAAUUACGUAUGCCGGUGUUUGGUCCGAUAAAUCAGUUGCUGGUGCUAUCGCGCUUUGCUCAUAACAUGGCGCUGAUGCUUAAAGCAGGUGUGCCCAUAAUCGAAGCGCUAUCCCUUGUCUCUGGUGUGGUGGCCAAUCGGGUCAUGCAAGCUGCUUUAGACAGCGCACAGCAGGCGGUUACCGAUGGGCGUCGCAUGUCUAAAGCACUCAGCGAUCAUGAUGUCGUGAGUCCUAUUGUGAUGCGUAUGAUUGUGGUCGGUGAAGAAACCGGCAAACUCGAUAGCUGCCUGGAAAAGGUGUCCACGCGGAUGGACGAUGAGCAUACGCGGAUGAAUAAAUCCAAGGGCUUCUCUCUGCUGGAAAUGAUUGGUGUGAUGGCUGUGAUGGCCAUUCUUGCCGGCGCUUUGGCGCCCAGCGUUUUUCAACUCAUUGAAGAAGGCUAUCAGACCGCUGAGCAACAGAGCUUAGGGACAAUCUCUGAUGCCCUGCAAAAGUCCAUCGUUCGUGACAGGCGCAUCCCUACAACAACAUUGUCAGACUGGAGCAAUGCGGUUGCACAAUACGCUUCGCUGCCACCUGCACGUAUUACGACUAACGAUAAGAAUUUUUCCCGCAGACUUUAUGCGGAUCCGAUGUUUUUUAAUGCCAGCAAUCAGAACUUUCCCGGUUAUACACAGAUCUCGGGAUUGGCAAAUGUACCCUAUUCACCACGCUUAAUGGUUGUCUCAAGUUUGGCGGGUAACGUCACUGCGAAUCUGAAUACACAUGAUCGGUUCACAGACGUCUGGGAGCAGAAUAUCGGCGCUUUGCUGGUUGAAGAUGACGUGCUGAUGAUCGAACGCAUCAACCUCGCGCCGCUGUUUGUCCGAAUCCUGCUGAAUAACGCCAAUGCCUCACAAGCCGGCUUUGCACUGGAAAACGGCGGCGAGAAUGCCGUAUCAGCUGCCUCUGGGGGUGUAGACGGCGCGCGAACGGUUUACGUCCUUAGAGGUGAUAUGAGUCGUACGCGUUAUGCCAUUUCCUGGUUGUAUGGUGAGUUCCGCAUUGCCCGUUUUCAUCGUGAUGAAAUAGCCGAGCAGUGGGAGUCACCUGAGCAGGUUGAAAGUUACGCUGAUCUGGUAAGAGUACUUGAUCAGGCUGCUCAGGCUAUUAACCUUGGUGACAAAGGUGACGUGACCGUCGUUCACGAGCACGAUCUGCACACCCACGAAUAUCUUGAAGUGCCGGCCAUGAAGCGCCGGGAUCUGGAAAGAUAUCUGCAUCGUCGAGUGCAGCAGGAUAAGUCAUUUGAUGAAGAGGCAGCCUGGUGUUUCCAUCAGGUCGCCCACGCUGGCGGCAAAGAAGGUGUGUUGCUGCACCUGUUACCGAAGCGAAUUGUUAAAUCGACCCUGGCCGCAUGCGGUGCUGUGGGGCUUGCACCCAAACAGUAUGUUCCGCUGACAGAAAUUGUUUCUGAUUAUCUGCCCACACUAGACUUAAACGUUGACGACAUGGUUGUCGUGGUGGCGUGUUUCAAGGCGCGUACAGAAAUCAUUAUUGCACUGGCAGACGGUGAGGCCCUGUUUGUGCGCGAGCUCAACUACGGCCUGUCUGCCAGCACUUAUGAGCGGCUUGUUACUGACGUCAAUCGGACUCUGCGUUAUGGGCGGCAGCAGCUUGGCCGGAGUGUGACCAAAGCUUUGAUGAUGGGUGAUAUCAGUGCGGAACUGGUUGAACCUCUCGAAACCAAUAUAGACGUGCCAGUCAGUUUUGAUGAGCAGGCAUCCGACCCGUACUUCUGGACAUUAUGGGCAACCCGGCUGUCAGGCAAGCUAUCAGCUAACUUCAUUUCCGUUUUUGCGCAAAAAAACAUUACCGCGGAUGCGGUGCGCAGAGUUGCCGCCUGGUCAACCGCUGCGGUGUUGAUGGUAACCACGGUCAUGACGUUGUUUACCGGUGGUCUGGUGACACAUCGGGCGGAUCAGAUUCGCGGUAUUGAAUCUCGAACAGAAGAAGUGCGCGUGUUGAUUGAACAGGUAGAACAGAAAUUGUGGGAAGGGCGUUUGAAACAGGAUCACCUUGGACGCCUGCAAGCCACCAGUAAAAAUUUGCCCGCGUUGCUGGUGGUGCAUCUGGGUCAGCUUACGCCGCCUGAAGUCACUUUGACCAGGGUCAAUGUUGCGCGUCAGGAAUCUGCCUGGCGGGUCCUGAUCAACGGAACGGUGGCAGGUGAUCUGCGUGAAAGUGCCCGCAUCCUGGCUAAUCUAGAAAUGCAGUUAAGCGAACCGCCCUGGCAGAUCAGCUUCAGUAAAAGUUUCACAAACACCUGGAUGCAACAGUUUGCCCAGGGAAAGUUGCAGCGUGAAGGUGAAAAUGGUCUGGAUAUGGAAAUCGAACUGCCGGAUACGCUGGAGCUGGAUCAAGAUCAAGACGCGAUGCCGCCUGAAGAAAGAAUGCAAUAUCACGGCGGCAUCAAAAAAUAUAUUCACAUGAUUGUUGAUGCAUGGUUUGCAACACCUGCUCGCAUUGCUGCAACCUGCGCGCUUGUGCUUGCUUGUUUUGGUUUGAUCUUAUGGAAUCUCGACAGGCUUUCUAUCCUGGAUGAACUGGUGGAGCUGGAGGUCUCAGAAUAUCGCCUGGACAGCCAGCUCAAUGAUCUGGAACUGGAACUGGCCAGUAUUGAUGUAGAGAGUCUCAGCACGGCGAUUGAGGCAGAAAACGAUAAGGUCUUUCAAGGCUUUCCCGAAUUGGCAGCCUGGGCGGAAAACCUGGCAGCGAUCGCUGCAGAUCGGUCAAUGGUCUUCAGUUAUCAGGCGAAGGUGCCACAUUUAUCUCCCGUGCCCGAUGUGCUCGAAGUACCUGUUACUUUGACUUUUAAAGCCGCGCCGGAUUCGGCCGAUAACCUAUUUGAUCAAUCGAUGGCGCUGAUUGGUUUCAUUUUGCGCGAUCACUGGCAUAUGGAUGUGUUGCAAACCCAGGCGUUAGGAGACGGCGAUGGUCUUGAUGCCAUCAGCAUCCAGGCCCAGGUAUGGGUGCGCGAUCGAUUUGGUUUUGUUGAUCUGGCUGCUCUACAAGCGCAGAUCCCUGCGGAGAAUCAGGAUGUUGACGAGUUCAGCACUGCCAGCAUGGGUAGCGUUGAAGAGAUCGGCAUGUUGGAUGAGUUUUCUGUUGCUAACAAUGUUGCGGUGACCACACGUCGUAUUGGCGAAUCGCGUGAUGCCAUUGGGUGGCUCAACGAUGUUGCACGCGAUCCGUUUGACGGCGGCGCUUUGGAUGCGCAGGCGCAUGCAAUAGGUAUUCUGGACGUGGAAUUCAGAGAUUUACCUCUGGAGAGGGCAUUGUCCCUGAUGUUGGAUAGUCUGGAUUAUUACUGGGAGAUCAACGACGGCGUCAUUCGCAAUGGGUCCAGCUCAGCCAAAGUAUCUUCCAGUUCGUCGGAAGGAGGCAGUUCCCCAGGUGGAGGGUCUGAUGACGAAGCGGGUUCUAUCGUCAUUGCACAGACGGAUGAAAUUGAAUUCUGGGGAGAGCUGCAGGCACAAUUGGAACAGCUGUUGAGCGAAUCCGGUAGCAUCGUGAUGAACAGUUUAUCCGGAACGCUGCAGGUGACUGAUCAACACGCCCACGUCGAAUCGGUGGCCAACUACAUAGACCAUGUGAAUCGUUCGAUUCAUCGCCAGGUCGAUAUCGAAGUCAAAAUCCUUGAGGUGGUGUUGGAAGACAGUUCUGCGCUGGGGGUUAACUGGUCCAGGGUGUCUCGCGUACUUGAUUCGGGGACGAAUGUGGAUUUCUCCACGUCCGGUAUUGUAACUUCGCCUGCUGGCGGUAUCGCGCCACUGUCAUCGGUACUGAAUCUGUCUGCGUUCAACCUGAAAAACGAUGGCAAUACUCGCAUACAAGCCGUGGUAGAAGCUUUAGAAGAGCAGGGUGAUGUCGAAAUUGUAAGCCAGCCUCAUGUGCGAACAAUGAAUAACCAGACCUCGCUGAUCAAAGUGGGCACCGACCGAACGUUUUUCCGGCGUGAACAAUCAACAGAUUCUACUUCGGCGGGUUCUAUUACCACGGCAACCGACAUCCCCCAGGUGGUCACGGAAGGCGUGGUGUUAUCGAUUACACCGCAAAUUGGUGACACGGGCUGGAUCAUGAUGGACAUUUCUCCGGUAGUCACCCGGGUGUCCAGUGUCAGCGUGGUUGAAGAUGUUAAUGGGGUUAUCCAGAGUUCUGCACCAAACCUGGAUGUGGCACAGGUGUCCUCUUUGGUUCGUGCGCGUAGUGGCGAUACGGUUGUUCUGGGUGGAUUGAUUCAAAGUGCAGAUUCGAAUACCAAGCGCGGUGACUUUCAAAACAUCCGUGCGCAGCUCGCGCAGAUGUCAUUCGCUGAUGGGCAAGCUUUGGUUGCCGGGUUUCUCGACGAUCAUCCCACACAUCGGGAAGCGCGCAUCACGCUUGCACGUCUGCAGGUGCUGGAUAACGAUCCUGCCUCUGCACUGCUGACGCUGGAUUCUCUGGUGGCAUCAGUGGCCGCCAAGAAUCAUUCUGAUUGGCAACCGUGGUUCUGGACUGGCACCGCUUAUCUCGCCCUGGGUGAAAUUGAAUCAGCACGUCGCAUGUUGGAUGUUGCUGUCUCUAAAGAAGGCCAGGUUGUAGAGAUCUGGGUGCAGCUUGCGGUUUUAGAGCAGGAGCUGGAUAACCACGCUGCGGCGCUGCAAUACAUCGGCAUUGCUGAACAGAUUGAUGCGCAAGCCGCGCAGAUUUACCUGAACAGAGCAUACAGCCUGGAACGCCUGGGUGAGUUUGACGCCGCGCUCAGUGCUUAUCAGCAAUUCAUGUCCAGCAGAAUGUCACCAGGGGCAGAGGCCUUGCGUCCGUCGGUGAUGCGUCGCAUGGCACUGUUGGCCGAACGCCAGCAGGCUGCUGAAGAAAACUCGGGUCAGAGUUCCUGA